ACUCUGUACUACAAGGACCCCAACGUAAACGCGAACAGACAUGAAGACGAAGAAGCAUCGGCGGUCCAGGUCUAGGGAAAGAAAUAAGAGUAGAGAUGAUAGAUCACGAUCUCCAGAGAAUAAAACGAAAGAAAGAACCCGGUAUGUAGAAAGUUCUAGAAGAAGAGCUCGGUCAGAGAGCAGCGGGUCGAGAAGCAGCGGUGGUUCCAGGGAGCGGAGACACAGAUCUGCUGCCCGCUCGAGCGACUCCGACAGCGGCAGCCGGGAGAGAAACCGUUCGCGCGGAGAAUCAAGAGACAGAGACAACAGUGACAGAGGCAGGAGGAGACGGAGAAGCGCUGAGCGUAGGAGCAGGAGCUCCAGCAGAGAGGGACGGCGAGAUCGAGACCAAGAGAGGAGGAGAAGCAGAGGGAGGGAAAGUAGGAGCAAGGAAAGAGAGAGGAACAGGAGGAGGAAUGAUCGAGAUGGCAGCAAGGAGAGACGGCAGAGGACGAGGUCAUGCUCGGGUUCGUCCGUGUCCUCUGCGUCUUCUGCUUCUGAGCAGGGUGACAAAAAUGAUAAACAAGCCGCACAGUCAGUCAAAGACGAGCGUAAGAAGCAGAAGGAGAUGAUGAAGGCUUUGGAGACGCCAGAAGAGAAGAGAGCUCGUCGACUGGCUAAGAAAGAGGCCAAAGAGAGGAAGAAGCGCGAGAAAAUGGGCUGGAGCGAAGAGUACAUGGGGUACACGAACGCAGACAACCCGUUUGGAGACAAUAACCUGCUGGGCACCUUCAAAUGGCAGAAGGCUCUUGAGCUGAAGGGAAUAGGGCACUUGGGUGAAAAGGACCUGAAGGAACGGAACAAGCUCAUCCAGGAGGAGAAUCGGAGGGAGCUGCAGAAGGUGAAGCAGUUGCGUCUGGAGCGUGAACGGGAGAAGGCCAUGCGUGAGCAGGAGUUGGAGAUGCUGCAGAGAGAGAAGGAGGCUGAGCAUUUUAAAACCUGGGCAGAGCAAGAAGACAACUUUCAUUUGCAUCAGGCCAAGCUCAGGUCUAAGAUCCGCAUCCGAGACGGCCGAGCCAAGCCCAUCGACCUGCUGGCCAAAUACAUCAGCGCUGAGGAUGAUGACUUGUCUGUAGAGAUGCACGAACCGUACACUUUCCUGAACGGCCUCACUGUCACAGACAUGGACGACCUGCUGGAGGAUAUCAAGGUGUAUAUGGAGUUGGAGCAGGGAAAGAAUGUAGAUUUUUGGAGGGACAUGACAAUUAUAACGGAGGACGAGAUCAACAAACUGCGUAAACUGGAAGCUUCAGGGAAAGGACCAGGUGACCGUCGUGAGGGCAUCAACACUUCAGUGAGUACAGAUGUGCAGUCUGUGUUUAAAGGUAAAACGUACAGACAGCUGCAGGCAUUGAACAUGAACAUAGAGAGUAAGAUCCAGGCCGGCGGCUCAAACUUGGACAUCGGCUACUGGGAGAGCUUGCUGCAGCAGGUGCGCGUCUACAUGGCAAGAGCAAGACUGAGGGAGCGGCAUCAGGAUGUCCUCAGACAGAAGCUCUAUAAGCUGAAGCAGGAGCAGGGGGUGGAAAGUGAGCCGCUCUUUCCCAUCAUCAAAGAGGAAGAACCUGAUAAUCCAGUUACAAAUGAGGAGGAGCCUUCUAGAUCAUCCCCCUCACAGAAUGCUGCCGAGCCAGCAGAGGCGAGAAAAGAGAAGGAUGACGAAAAGCCAGGGCCGAGCUCCAGAGCAUCUGGCGAGAAGGAGGGAGAAGGAGAGGGAGACAAGGAGGGAGAGAAAAGUGAAGAAGUGGAGGCCGUGCUGACAGAGGAGGAUCUGAUACAGCAGAGCCAGGCCGAGUACGACUCGGGCCGUUACAGUCCAGUGCUCCUGCAGUCCUCCGAGCUCCCGCUCGAUGCGCACGUCAUGGACGUAGAGGAAGACCUUCAACGCCUGCAACUCGCUCGCAGACAGAUGCAGGUCACAGGUGACGCCAGCGAGAGCGCAGAGGACGCGUUUGUGCGUCGUGCGAAAGAAGGCAUGGGGGGUGAUGAGGCACAGUUCAGCGUCGAGAUGCCGCUGACCGGGAAAAUGUACAUGUGGGCCGACAAGUACCGUCCACGCAAGCCUCGCUUCUUCAACCGUGUGCACACAGGCUUCGAGUGGAACAAGUACAAUCAGACUCACUAUGACUUCGACAACCCGCCACCCAAAAUCGUCCAGGGUUACAAGUUCAAUAUCUUCUACCCCGACCUGAUCGACAAGCGCUCCACACCGCAGUACUUCCUCGAGCCCAGUCUGGACAACAAGGACUUUGGGAUCCUGCGUUUUCAUGCCGGGCCGCCCUACGAGGACAUCGCCUUUAAGAUCGUCAACCGUGAAUGGGAGUACUCGCAUCGCCAUGGCUUCCGCUGCCAGUUCGCCAACGGCAUCUUCCAGCUGUGGUUUCAUUUCAAGCGCUAUCGCUACAGGAGAUGAGGGGCUGAGGGUCAAUUUUAUAUUUAUCUUCUAAUGUCAAUGGUUUAAAGGUAAAACUGUAAAUGUCAAUCGCUUUUUAUGCCUUCACUAAUGAGAGAUUUCAUCCCAUGUUUGAUUAGUCUCUGCUAGAAUUGGACACCCUUGUAUCAUUUACCAACAGUUUGUUGUGUUCAUUUAAGAAUGCGCACACUAUUGGUAGGUUUCUUGCCUGCCAUGUGGAAGGCACGGGUUCAAUUCCCAGUCAAUGCUCCAAUCCCAGCCACUGGAUGCAAUGCCGGUCCCAAGCCCAGAUAAAAUGGCAAUGUUGCAUCCGAAAUGGCAUCCGGCGUAAAACCUCUCCCAAGCCUGUGCGGAUCAGAUGGUCCGCUGUGGCGACCCCUAGUGGGGACCAGCAGAAACACCAACAACAAAAACGACGGUGUUCUCAUCCGCAGUCAAUUCCAGAAUAUAUUUUAAUAGUGUAUUAUAUGUUAACGGUCUGAAAAAUAAAGUUCAUAAAUAACA